AGGACAACGUCUCAGAGGGAAGACGAGGCACUUGAACCCAAUGUCACAAACGAAACGAAUGCGACUGAUGGAAGUUUGAUGGUUGCCUCAACCAGCAGCCCAAGCACAACGGCGCUUGAAACAAGCUCGAGUGCAACCUUGGUCCAAAGCUCAACUUCAGCAGAGUGGGUCGUAGUAGAGGGAGUUGUUUCGUUCGCACAAGAUGGUGUAAGUCAAUCCGCUGCCGAAAUGGCGGUUGCCUCUGCGCUGUCACGGGCCACAGGCCUCUUGGAAAGCCGCAUUCGAAGCAGUGCCCAAGCCUAUGCAAAACUGCGGCGCUUGAGUGGUAUUUGGAGGGUCAACUUUGAGAUUGACACGCUUCCUAGCGAAGAAGCUGUGGUGAUGACGAAACUGCAGCAGCUGAAGAACUCAGAAGAUUUUGCUGACAAGCUGAAGGAGGAGCUGGAACUUCGAGGUGGUCAGCCAGGAGCAAAUUUCAAUGUCAGCUUGGACCUUCUAUCCCAAGAUCAGGGCACCAAUGAGGGAGGUGAUUCUUCGGAGAUCAUCAUCAUCGUGGCAGCUGUGAUCGCUUGUUUGGUCAUGUUGGCUGCCUUGGUGUGGAAACUUUGCACCGGUCGGAAGGAGUCGGAUGAGUUGCUGGAAAAGAAGGAAGAUGUGACGGAAGAUUCAAUGCCUCCGCUGAUUGAGAUGGAUGGAGCUGGAAAUGCUGGUGCUGGAUACGCCAAUGGUUUAGAUGGCGACGCAGCUCUGCCAGAGCCGAACUCCUUGGCAGUUGGUGUAGGUUCCGCUUGGGGUGGUCAGCUGAGUUUCUUUCCCGCUGGGGGACCCGAAAGGGAGCUCUCCGACCCGCCACUGCCACCUCCGGCGGACUCUCCACCGGCACACGCCAUGUGUAGUGAGGUGCCAGAGAUGCCCAAUCCCAUCACACUGACUGACGUCCAUCCCGAAGUUGGCGGAAGGCCACAGGCACAAUGGACAUUGGUUGAUCAACAGCUGAACCAGACGCUGUGUCAAACCCUAAGCCCCAGCUGCUGGACCGGCAGUUUGGUUUGGACGGAGCUUCCCCAUGUUCGUCAGACGGUGCCGUUGCCGCUGAGUAAGGAGUACAAGCUGAAUUUCCAACGGGCAGGCAGGCUAGCUGGACAUUGCUACGACACUUCAUCUCAGUACAAAAUCACGGGCAAGCAUCGAGAGUCUGGUGAACUUACUUGGCGAGAGGUUCCACAGUCUUCUGCUGGCAUGGCCAUCGAAUGUCAAGGGCACUUGCAGAUGCGUGAGCUCCAGGGGGCGACGAAGUGCAGUUCUCUCGAAAUCGUGGGGGUUUUCAGCGCCGUCUCCACAUCAAUAUCUGCUAGACAUCUUGGAAGUGGACGCUUCACUCUCACUACUUCUGUGCAGCCAACGUCUUUUGGGAACACUCAUGACUCCUUAUGAUUUUCCGUUGAUUAAUUUUGCAGAGUUCAAUUGACCAUCAAUUGACCUCCUGCAGUGUUUGCACCCUUGCCAGUUAAUGCUUGGAAAUCUCUGUGUGGUUUGACACUGUACAGUUUAGGAGUAGUUUAGGUAGCUGGUAGCUGCAUAUCUGCAGCCCUAGACAGAGAGGUUCGGAUCGAGCACCAAAUCUUCAGUGCAACAUGUGAC